ACAAACAGCUACCCGUGCGGUCUGAUUCAGCUUUUUAGAAGGGCAUCUUUAAACAUAAUUUCUAUUCAAACAGAGGAAUAUAUAUCUGCAAAACUGGGCGUUUUCUAAAAUAUUCGUGUACCGUUAUACCUUUAAGAGCCUACGGAAAAGGCGUAGAUCAGCUAUCUCGCUCUUUCAGAUCGUGCUGUGUGCCUUUAAGAAGGUUCACCACCCCCAACUGAAUAUAGGACCAAACAGCAUUCGCGCUAGCUACGUCCGUUUUUUUUCUUUCGACGUUUUUGUCUCUUCAUUAUCAUCUCACAUCCCAUUUUAUCUGAUCUGCUUGUUGAGCCGGGAGGAGGCAAGAUGGCAGAGAAAGGAGUCACUGCAGGGAAACUGGCAAGCAAUGUACAGAAGAAAUUAACCAGAGCGCAAGAAAAGGUUCUACAGAAGCUUGGCAAAGCAGAUGAGACCAAGGAUGUGGCAUUUGAGGAAGGUGUGAUUAACUUCAACAAGCAGCUGGCAGAGGGCUCCAAGCUGCAGAAAGAUCUGAGAGCUUACCUGGCAGCAGUGAAAGCAAUGCAGGAGUCCUCCAAGCGUCUGCAGGAGUGUCUGGUGGACAUGUACGAUACAGACUGGUAUGGCAAGGAGGACGUGGACUCCAUUGCAGAGGACACUGACCUCCUCUGGACAGACUUCCAUCAGAAACUUGUAGACCACGCCUUGAUCUCCAUGGAUACAUACCUGGGCCAGUUCCCAGAUAUUAAGGCACGCAUUGCGAAGCGCGACCGGAAGCUGGUGGAUUUCGACAGCGCGCGCCACCACUUCGCUUCCCUGCAGAAGGGCAAGAAGAAAGACGAGGUCAAGAUGGCCAAACCGGUCUCGCUCCUGGAGAAGGCGGCCCCGGGCUGGGCUCAGGGCAUUCUGUCAGCCCAUCAUGUCGCUCAAACUAACCUGUCAAGAAACCAGGUGACUGCAGAGGAAGAAUUGGGCAGAGCUCAGAAGGUGUUUGAUGAAAUCAAUGUGGACCUGCAGGAGGAGCUCCCGUCUCUGUGGAACAGCCGUGUUGGUUUCUAUGUGAACACAUUCCAGAGUGUGGCAGGUCUGGAGGAGAAGUUCCACAGAGAGAUGGGAAAGCUGAACCAGAACCUAAAUGAUUGCUUGACCAAACUGGAAGACCACAACGAAACUGGAAAAGCAGGUAAAGUGGGUGUGAAGACAGCGGGACCAGUGAAGAGUGUGAAGCCGCAGGAGGCUGCCAAUCACAGCCUCUCUCCUGCAGGAGGGUCAGCACCAGCGAUCCCAAAAUCACCAUCCAAGCUGAGGCCUGGUCCACCGGUGCCCCCUCCGCCCAAAGUCACCCCGUCCAAAGACCUCAAACAGGAAAACAUCAUCAACCUGUUUGAUGACGCGUUUGUGCCCGAGAUAAAUGUAACAUCCCCCUCGCAGGCUGAAGCACCUGGUGGGAAUCUGCUGGAUAUGGACAUGACCUCACUGCAACCAGCUGUCAGUCCAGGGGCCGUGGCCUCUUCCCCCGCUGCCCAGGCGCCUUCCUGGGAUACGUGGGAGGCAGACACUACUGUAGCAGCACCGGCCACUGCAGGAACAGACGCUACUGCCGCCCCUGUAGUGCCAGAGGCAGGGGCCAAUGAGUCACCAGAGGCAGCGGAGAUGCCCCCUGCGUUCGUUUUCAAAGUUAUAGCGAUGCAUGACUAUGUGGCCAAUGACUCGGACGAGUUGGAGAUGAAAGCAGGGGAAGUGGUGUUGGUGGUGAACUUUGACAACCCUGAGGAGCAGGAUGAUGGCUGGCUCAUGGGGAUGAAGGAGGCCCUCUGGCUGCAGGAUAAAGAGGCCUGCCCCAAAGGAGUGUUCCCCGAGAACUUCACCCAGAGGCUGUGAACCAGCGUCGCUCCUGGCCCUCUCCUCCUCCUCCUCCUCCUCCUCCUCCUCGCCCCUGCCCUUCCUCCAACACAAGUCUGGCCGAAGCCGGACAUGAAGAAGCAAAGCUACAUCAUCGGCUGCCACCACAACAAACCCAACAUGCAUUGCGUGUCCUGGUGAAGAGAUUUAAGUGUGUUGAGAGGUGUCGGUGGUAGUGCAUUUGUUGUCGUGUUUAUUUAUUUUGUGCUCGUUUUAUAAAUUGCCCUAAAAGUGGCCCAGGCAGGUUUUGUGCCACAUUUACCCUCUCAUUAGACCUCUUUGUGGGGACAGUCAGACAUCCCUUCCCCUUUAUCUGACUGUAUUAAUAAAAAUCCAAAAGGAAAAGUAUUUAUGUUUGGAACCUUCUGCUAUCUGCCAGUGUUUCUGCCUCGCUGCCUCACCCGUGACCCCUGGUCCUGGGGUCAGCAAUAAAAAGACCACGCCAUCAACCACGCCCUUCCACCAGAUCGCUCUCUCUACCUAACCCAAUGGUCCGGUUCUGAAGCGUUACACCAGAAUGAGCUCCAGUGUAUCCAAGCUUUUUGCCUUCUGCUCCAUUCACCCCGGAUGUUUCCGCAUCAAACAGGAAGCUAACUACAACAACUAUGCCUUGAAAGAAAUUGAGCCUAUAUUCUGGAUUUUAGUGGAGUAUAUGACAGUGAAUAGAAGUGCAUUGAAUUAAAUUGUUCAAUGCGCUGAAAUUAAAAUGGGGAUGGCUAUUUUAAUUUAAUGCUGUAAAAAAAGGGGUUUUGAACAUCCAUUGGAGGAAAGUUGCAUGACGUUCUAUCGUGAUUUGUCAAAGAAUUGAAAACUGUAAUGUAACUGUGUGCAAACCCAGAUAGGAUACACCUCUGGGCUUGUCUUGUCACUGAUGUCAAAUGUGCUUACCCUGGGAGCCACUGGUACUGACACCCAGGCACACAGGCUCUUUCCUUCCCUGGAUGCAGUCAUAGCUGGCUCCCUCCUGGCAGUUGUGAUUUUCUUUAAGUUUAAUAAGACUCACUGUAUUCUGUAUUCUGGGGCCAACUGCUGUUUAGAAUCAGUGUUCUUAAGUCAGGUAAUGUGUCAUGCUCUUUAUAUUUUACAACAUAUCAGAGUUUUUGUUUUAUCCUUUAAAGGCCAGUUAUUUCUAUUUGUGGCUUUGGUGAAUUUGGAAGCCUUCCAGUGAAAUCUUGAAAGGGACAGCUGUUGCAGGUGGUCACGCAUUCCCACGGUGGAGAGGUCUGAAGCGUUAAGGUGAAAACAACCCUGAACAUUGAGAAGCCAUUUUGGAUUAUACCUUAAAGUACAAAACAGGUCCCAACUCCAUAUCUCCCCCUGACCGGGUUGCCAGGUGCUGCAAUUGCUUCUCCUGUUGAGUCAUAGUUUCUCACCUCCCAGAUCCACCUGCCAAUGAGCAUCCAUCAAUCUUUCUGUUUGGACAAACCUAGAAUUUAAGAAAAGGGGAGGUUUUCACUUGAUAAGCCAUUAUUAUGCUAAACAUUUGAUGAUGAUGAUGAUGAUGAUGAUGUGUGACGAUGAAUCAGGAUGGCAUAAAUAUUUGUGGUAAUAUUCCUUUGUUUCCGUACAAGAAAACUUGAAAUUGUUCUUUUUUGUUAUUGUUUUUUCUUUUCUUUUUUUACAUGGGGAAGACAAAAUUCUGUAGCUUUGGUAUUUACUGCAAAAAAAGGCAAAUUUCAGACAAAAUUCUCCCGUGGGGUAGGCAGUGUGUUUAUUAAGGUGUACAAUAAGACUGGUAGCCUUACCAUUUGCUGGGAAAGAAUCCAGAACCUCUUCUCAGCAGAAAGUCCUGCAGGAUCUGUUAUAAAAGGAGUUAUGGCUUGGGAAAUGAAAGAUACAAAAUGUGUAUCAGAUUUAUGCAACAGAGUUUUGAUAGUUUUAUUUUUGUAUGUUUUUUGACUGUGAAAUUGGACCUGACGCGGUGCUUGUCAUGUGGGGGUGCUCCCGUUCUCAAUCCUUUUGCGUUUUUGUUGACCUGGACCUGGACCCUGUGGUGCAGCAGUAGACGUGUGAUGUCAUCCCCGACCCUGUCCUGGAGCCAGCUCUCACAUCUGCUGUUUCUGUUGUUGCCACGGAAACAGGAAAUGAGAAUUCCUGCACUGCAGGGCUCACUCCCAGCGUCCGGCUGGAAGUUGAGGACCACUGCGCAGCUCAGAGGGUGAGAGACUGCGCGUGUGUCUGUGUGUGUGUGCUUGUGUGUGUGUGUCCCAACUGAUACAGCAGCUCAUUUCUCCUCCCUGUUUCUCUCAGUGUAUUUAGCUUAGCUUAGCAGCCUGCUCCCAAGCAGUGAGAUGUGGGUUCCUUUUUAGCUCCAGGGUGACCGAGACUGGCCCAGACACUGGUACUGGAUCUGUUAGAAUUGGUUUUGGGAAAGCCCUAACUCUGCACUUGGUCCAAGCCUGGUAAAGAAAAGCCUGUACACGUGGUGAUAUCAUUGCUCUGGUGCAUUUGUGAUGUUUCUUUGUGGUUGGUUGAUCACAUCAUAUUAUUGUGAGUACAUAAUCUCUAUACACAUAUCCCUGUCUCUGGGCGUGUGCGGAGGGCUGGGUGACAGUGUUCAGAGCAUGCAGAAUUCUGUGUCUGUGUACAUGUACCGUGUGGGGCUGUUUUUUGGCAGGAAUGACAGCGAUCUCGCCCUCUUCUCUCCGUGACCUGUGAGCGUCUGUCGUUUCAUCCUGUGAUCAGCUGUCCAAUCGGUGAAAAUAAACUUUUAUCCAAAAUCUCCCAAAA